AUGUUGACGCCUUCCGCAAAGGUCUUUCUUUUAUCCAAAGGUGGAGAUGCCACUGAGUUGAGUUGGCCUCAGCUACUUCGCGAGAAGCGAGAGCUGUAUAGUGAACGCCGUGAUCACUUUCUCAGGUUCAUUAAGCAUCCCGAGAGUCUGGCUGAGCUGACCGUUGAUCCUUUGGCCGAUGACCCCAAGUCGCCCUGGAAUACCGUUCGCGAGGACGAAACUAUCAGGGUAGAAAUCCAGCAAGACGUACAGAGACUUCCAGAUGAAGCAACUUAUCAUGAAGAUUACAUGCAGCGCAUGAUCUUGGAUAUUCUGUUCGUCUACUGCAAGGUAAACCCAGAUAGAGGCGGCUAUCGCCAGGGCAUGCACGAGCUCUUAGCCCCGAUCCUGCAUGUCGUCGAACAGGAUGCUCUAGAUCGCGCAUUGAUAUCUGGCAGCGAUGACGAGAAUGACCUCGAGGAGCUGAUGCUCGAAACCAUUGACUCUUCUUUCAUUGAGCACGAUGCGUUCAUCUUAUUCUCCCAGCUAAUGGAGCACGCUCAAUCCUUUUAUGAGGUCAAAGAUGCGCCGGCCCCUGCUCAAACACCCGACGGUCCAUUUCAGUCUCGGUUUCCAGAGCAAAGCUCUGCCAUUGUCGAGCGCAGCAAAUUCAUUCACGAGGUCUGUUUACAGCAGGUUGAUCCCGAAUUAGCAGCGCACCUUACAAGCGUCGAGAUACUGCCUCAGAUAUUCUUAAUUCGCUGGAUUCGGCUUCUCUUCAGCAGAGAAUUUCCAUUUAAUCAAUUUCUUGUACUUUGGGACACGAUUUUUGCCGUCGAUCCCUCCUUAGACCUGGUAGACCUGAUUUGCUGUUCUAUGCUGCUGCGUGUGCGUUGGCAAUUAAUAGAAUCUGAUUACUCUGUUUGUUUGCAACUGCUUCUCAAGUAUCCACCUCCUGAUCAACAACAUGGACCUCAUACGUUUGUCGACGAUGCACUCUAUCUCCGAGAUCACAUGAAUACACUCGGCGGAGCAACCUUGAUUAAAAAGUAUUCAGGAAAGCUUCCCAAAGUUUCGAAGAGCCCUGAGAUUCCUGAACCCACGGGCUCACCGUUUGCCGGAUUUGAUUCCUUCCGCAGAAGGGGCUUUGGGGUGAGGUCACCGAUUCGCUCGCCAAAAUUUCUCCAGCAACAGGGUGGAGUAGAAAACAUUUUCCAGGGCAUGCUGGAAAAGAGCGAAAAGCUAGGGAUCAACCAAGCAGUACGGGAUGCCGUGGGUGAAUUCAAGCGAAAUAUGCAAGGCCUUAAUGAAGGACUAUCUUCGCCGCAUCAAAGAGGCUCCUUAGCCGAUGACGUUGCAGCAAAGGCUUUAGCUGCCAUGGAGAAGCGAAAUCAACAACUAGCGAGCCUUCUUGACGAGACGGUUCUUAGUCUCAAGGCGCUGUCUCUGUCCAAUCUUGAAGAUAAGGCCAGAAGCUUGGAUCUAAUCGAAGUUGCCGCAGCCAAAGUGCAAUUUGUGCAAAUAUACCUACAGGACGCCUCUCUAUCCAUCCCAGCUAUGGACGCAGCUGUUAAUGAAGAGCCUCAAGCCGUCCCUGAAAAGAAAGAGGAGAGCAAAGUCAAGAAACCUUCCUCAGCCGAAAAAGAAAACCAGCCAUUGUCGCCGAGGUCAUCUACUACAAACGUGUCCACACCAAACUUAGCUAAAGCGCCAUCGAUUUUGCGCGAGUCAAAGAAACCUUCAAAAAAUAGCGACUCGCUUUCUGCAUCAACAAGCAUUACAAAACAUGAGACAAAGUCAGACACUGUAUUGAGCGAAGUCCGUCCCAACGUUCAACCACUUGUCUCAAUACCUACUAGAUCAACAAUAGCACAGUCUUCAUUCUCGUGGAUGCUGGAGCCGGACGAGUCCGGACCGCCACAAACCCCUGUGGCCAGCAAAUCACCGACAAUUCAACAAAAGAAGCGCAUGAACAAUGCGAGCCGCGAGAAGAAUGCAUUCUUAUUUGGGGAGGGAUUGUCAGAAUCAAGCGAAAGGGAUCCCCUGGGAUCUGGUGACAUCUUCGGGCUGGAGCCGAUGCAGAGCCCAAAGGGGAAGUAA